GAAAAGUAGUGCUUAUGGGAAUCAGAUUAUUGCUUAUCUAUACGAGCUAUGAGAUAGAUCUAUUGGCUGAUGACACUACCUCGAGGUUGGGUGAAGUUUCACCACCAAGCACUAUUUAUUUAUCUUGAUUGACAAACAAAUAAUCCGACAAAGAGCUGCGGUCUUCAAAAUUCCCUUACGAAACUAAGUCUCGAAAAUGGAAAAAUUUCAGUAUCAAUCCAUCGAGCCUCCACACGAGAUCAGAAUGCUGGAGCUGAUCCCUGGUACAGCCUCGGCGCCUAUUCAAGUCCACCUCGUCCACAAAAGCUUAUCGCAUAUGCAGCAGUGUAUUGCAUUGAGCUAUGUAUGGGGAGCGGGAACCAGAGAUUUCGAGAUCAUUUGCGACGGUGCAGUUCUCAAAGUGACAGAGAACCUCGUCGAAGUUUUGGAAAGAUUUCGUAAAUUUCAAAAAUUGGCUUCAGAUCAUAUUCCGGACUCAAACCAAUUGAAUAUCACAGAGAGGACUCUGUUUUGGAUUGAUGCAAUUUGUAUUAAUCAAGAAGACCUGGAUGAGCGGUCUCAACAAGUACCUCUCAUGAGCACCAUUUACAAGAACGCAUCAAGGGUUAUUGUCUGGCUGGGAGAGGAACUCCCUCGCUCACAGGAAGCAUGGGAUCUAAUGGCACCACUUGCCGGCAAGUCUGAACAGUUUAAAAUCCAUGCCAAUGAUGAAAACAAAAAACGAUAUGGUUCUACGAUAAUUUGCCCUGGACUUAUGCUCAAGGACCUUUCCAAGCACCCUGCUUUUUGCGACAUCCUGGACAUCUUUUCUUCUCGGGCAUUAUUCAUGCGUCUUUGGACGAUCCAAGAAACAUGCCUCGCGCCCAGCACCCAAAUCACAGUCCUCUGUGGCGGAGUAGAGAUGCCUUGGGAAGCAUUCUCUGAUAUUUCCAUGAUUCUCUUCCGAUGCUUCAGAUUCUGGGAUUUCAAGGAGGACGAAAAAGUCUCGAGAAAUGCAAUUUUGAUGAAUGCGUACCUGAGGAGACUUGUCCAAGCAGAAGUACCGGUUCCGCAACAGGAGCUUUUCGAGUUGUUUGGUUUAUCUACAAUGGCCUUUGUUUUGGAUGAACGGGAUCGUGUGUUUGGAGUCUUAGGAUUGUUCGAUGAGGAUACACGCAAGAGAUUUUCUAGUCUUGGAUAUCGAAAUGAAGCAGAGGAGAUUUUCCGAGCAGUAACAGAAGCUAUCGUGAGUACAGGCCGCAAAGGCCUAGAAUAUCUUACCUGGAACCAUGCCGUGCGUGGAGAUCACCGCAAGUUGGUGCAACCGUCCUGGGUUUGGAUACUUAGCUACUGGAAUUUAAAAGAUCAUCUCACUGGAAGCAAGUUAAAAGAUCUCAAGGAAUUCGAAACCCCUCACAAGGCAGUGAUUAGUGGGGAUGCUAUUAUAGCCUGGGGUCUUGUUUUUGACACUGUCACAGUCGCUUACCCAAACUUCUCGUCGGAAAACUUCGAAGAUAUACUUCUCAACAUCCACUUUACCAUCCUGGCGGAGAUCAAAGAGGCAGAAAUUAUUGACGCUGAAAGGAAACUUGACAGACUCAAGAAAGUACUUUUUCGGUUGACGUUUGGGACGCUGAAAGGGGCAUUUGAUCCUCAGGAGCAGUAUGAGGGUUGGAUGGCCCGCGUUAUACUGCGUGAAUGGGAAAAAAGCACAAGCAAGGAUGAAAGCUCCGACACAUGGAGAGGCAUUUUGCUUUCUACCCUGAGAAAGAAAACUGCCUUGCGUUUUGAGUCUCUUGACAGACUUGUCCAGGAUGAUACAUUGCGAAGGGACUACAACGAGCAACUUACAGACGAAGGACGCAACAUCUUUGUAACUUCAAAGGGCUAUUUUGGAAUCGGCGCAUAUGGGAAGAAUAAGCGCAGGUCUUCGCCCGCUGUGCAGGUCAAUGAUAAGAUAGCUAUCAUACCUGGUGUUGAGCAACCUCUAGUACUUCGUGCAUGUGGGAAUGGCGAAUACAAAUUUGUUGGGCCUUCUCUUGUUCCUGAGAUUGAAAUGAACGAGUCGUUGCAGGUAGAGAAUAGGAAACCGAUGGAAGUUAUACGUAUUGUGUAGGUCGAGAUGUUUCUGAUGAUCUGGAAAUUAUAGAGGUGUGAUAGGUUUGUGUCCCAUGGGACUACUGCUCUCGUUGACACGUGGGUCAUACGAAAGUAACCCAUCGGAGAGUACUGGAUAUAGGUCGCCCUGGCAAGGAUAUUGAAUAAUUAGACAUUUGACGCCAGUACGAUGGGCUUCAACACAGAAUAAGAUGUGUUAUUUACUAUAUAUAAGCCAUUAUUCACUUCUACCAUUCUGCUCCUUCGCAGCCAAUUCUCAAGCAGUAACUCCA